AUGAAGCCCGUGCCCCCGGCUGCCCUGGUCCUCAGCCUGGUCUUCGCCUCCUUCCACUCGGCUUGCUUGGCAGAAGCAAACAGUGCCAACAACUCAACCCUGACCAACCACCACGCAGGCCCUGAGACUCUGGAACAGUGCCCCAACGCGGACCUCUGCCCGCAAGCGUCCCGGUGCUGCCACCUGGGAGUGGAUGAGUACGGCUGGGUGGCCGCCGCCGUGGGCUGGAGCCUCUGGUUCCUCACGCUCAUCCUGCUCUGCGUGGACAAACUGACCAAGCUGUCUUCAGACGAGCCCAAGGACCCGCAAGCCUGA